AUGGGCGAAAUUUCUCUCUCUCUCUCUCUCUCUCUCUCUCUCUCUCUCUCUCCUAUAUACGUAUCACUUAAUUUUCUUCUAUCUUCUAUUCCUAUCUAUAUAUUCUUCUCUAUAUAUUCAUUAUCUCAUCUAUCUAUCUAUCUAUCUAUCUAUCUAUCUAUCUAUCUAUCUAUCUGUUUCAGUCAAUUUAUUAUCUAUGCCAAAUGUAUAUACGUAUUUAUUUAUAUGUAUCUAUUUCGCAUCUACUUCAGUCUAUAUUUGCCUCUUUUUAUCUCGCUACUAUACCGACCUUUUCUAUCUAUCUAUCUAUCUAUCUAUCUAUCUAUCUAUCUAUCUAUCUAUCUAUCUAUUUCGGCCCUCGCUUCGAUUUGCUUCCACCCACCGUUCUUUACCCGUUUCUUUGCCCCCACCAUUCGUUUUGCUUUCUUUGUUUUCCUUCCUCGGAGAUAUUUCUCCCUGUCGCUUUCUUCAUUUUGUGCCUGUUCCCUAUACGUUCCCUUUCUUUCACCUUUCUCUUUUUUCCUUUCUCUUAUUUCUUUCCUUUUCUUUCUUUCUUUUUCAUCCCCUUCUUUCUUUUUUUAUUUCAUCUUUUUUCUUCUUAAUCUUUCUUGCUUUUUUCUUUCAUUCUUUUUUCUUUCAUUUCUUUCUUUUCUUUUCUCCUUCUUACAAUCUAUUUUGCAUUUCUCUUAUUUUUUUCAAUCUAUUUUCUUUCUUUCUUUCAUUCUUUCUUUCGUUUUUUCUUUCUUUCUGUCUUUCUUUCUUUUUUUUCAUACUUGUGGAUUCUCUCUUUUCUACCAAUCCUCUUUCAUCUCCCUGCGUUCUCUUACAUUUCUGUUUAGGUUACGCAUGCGCACUGUGACUGCGUCUUCGCUUGAUUCUAUCCUUCAUAUUACCCUUUUUUUCCUUCUUCGACUCCAUAUUUAUUUCUUUUUUAUAAUCAUACUCUCUCAUACCAACGUCUCAAUGUUUUUUUAUCAUCCUUUUCUAUUCGCUGUUCAUUCAUUUACUUUUUCUUCUUGGUUACUUCGUCAUUUUUUCUCUCUUCAUUUAUUGCAUUAUUCCAUUUUUUUUUUUUUAUCUCCGCCAUUUUUAUUUCCACCCCACUUCCAUUCUUCAUUCUUUUUACUGACCUUCUGUAUUCUUAAACUUUCAUUAUAUUUUCUCUCUUUCUCUUUGUUUCCUAUUUAUUUUCAUGGUUAUAUUUACUCUUUAACGAUAUUUGAUCUUUAG